AUGUCGUCAGAAAUCGCCCUUUCCACUAUCCGGUCUGGUGGCACGGACCUUGGCGCGAAUCGGGUGCCAGGAGCCUUGAAUCUGAACUUGGACUUGGAGGCAGGGAAACAAGUGGUGGCCAAAGAUAAGACGAGGUCCGGGAAUGUUCCCAAAGUUCGUGAGCAGCUCCGUAGCGCUGACGAAGACAGCUACACGCCACACAACGUGCCGAUCGGCCCUUACCAUGGCAAAUGUCCGUCAACUCCAUGGGUUCAAAAAGAGAAGCAGCGAUACGUGGGCUUCAUGCAAAAUCUCUCUGAGAAACACAAUGAUGGUGGCCUCAAGGGUCUAGUGGAGGAACUGGAGCCCCGAGCAAGGGACUGGUACGGGGACGGGGUCGACCGCAUGACCUCGGAAGAGCUGGCGAGGAUGCUGCUGCAUGAUGGGUGCUACCUGCUGGGUUGGUUGGGGAACUAUCCGGGCGUCCCUCAAACAUCCUGUAACGACUACAACGCGGUGUUUCGCGACACCCUUUACCUCAUUGAGAACCAGGUGCCAUUCUUUGUUCUUGACAAGAUUCACGCGCGGGCCACAGGAGGUUCCAGUUCUCUACUCCACUACAUGGCAACAUAUAUCAAGAGUCUGCUGAGCAGGGAGGGCCACAUCAGCACAGAGAAGAAGAGGCUGUCGGAGCCGCCAUCCCACCUGCUACACCUGGUGCACACAUUCUUCCGUCCAACCAAUGGACAAAUGGUAGAUCCUCCAGAGCGCCCAUACCAGCUGCUGCACCGAGUGCACGCGUACUUGAGCCCAACCAGCUGUUUGCAGCCAAAUGGUGAGCGUGAGCGUGAGGGCGACACGGGUCGAUGGCGUCGGGCGACGGAGUACUGCACGCAAGCCAACGUGCAGUUCAGGCGUCGGGACUUCGCGGCCGAUGUGACUUCGAUCCUCGACGUGCGCCUUAAAGGGGGCAAGCUGGACAUCCCCUGCCUGCAGGUCGACGGCAAGACCUGGACGCUCCUACGUAACAUGAUGGCGCUGGAGGAGCAUGCGGAGAUGACCCAGAGGCCCGUCACGGCCUACUGCCUCUUCAUGUCGCAGGUGGCGUGUACGGUGGAGGACGUCCGGCUCCUGGUUGAUGCAAAGAUCAUCCAACACUUCGAGAGCAGCGACAAGAUUGCCGCCCAAGGCUUUGCCAACCUCUGCAAGGGGGUGGUCAUGGACGUCGACAACAUUGACAGGAACUACCUCAAGCCCAUGUGGCACGACCUGGAAAAAUUAUGCGACAGCAAGGCGCGUAACCUCAGGGGAUCGUUCCGCCACAAGUACUGCAGCACUACUUUGCACCAAGUCGCAUUCGGUAUUACCGCCUUCCUGGCCAUCUGUCAGUUGCUGCAAUCCAUCUAUGCACCCAUCGCCUAUCAUUUCCCCAAACACUAG